AUGGCGGAAAACAAAACAGCCAUAGCCAAAACCUUCCCAGUAAAACCCAAACUCAAACCCGCGUCAAACAAAUCAACACCAACCCCAGAAUCCAAGUACUGGAAAUCAUUCAAACAGCCAAAAGAAACCCCAACCCAAACCCUAAUUUCCUCCAUAACAUCUCUAUCAUUCUCUCCCACGCAACCUCACGACUUUGCCGCCACCCACUCCGCCACCGUUACCAUCUUCUCGGCCCAAACACUUGAACCCAAGUCAACCAUCGCUGCCUUCUCAGACACCGCCACCUCCGCCAUCUUCCGCUCGGACGGUCGCCUUUUAGCCGCUGGCGAUCUCUCCGGAUCUGUCCGCAUCUUCGAUGUCAAGUCCCGCGUUCCUCUCCGCCACCUUCGUGGCCACUCCCGUCCCGUACGCGUCGUUCGAUACCCUAAAGCCGACAAGCUCCACCUCUUUUCCGGCGGAGAUGACGCCAUCGUCAAGUACUGGGACGUCACCACCGAAACCCAAAUUUUCGAUCUCAUUGGCCAUAAAGAUUAUGUUCGAUGCGGUGAUGUCUGUCCUGUAAAUGAUGAUAUGUUCGUUUCGGGUUCGUAUGAUCACAAAAUUAAACUUUGGGAUAUUAGGGUUUCGAGUUCGGGAUCAGUAAUGGAAAUCAAUCAUGGAAAACCCGUUGAGGAUGUAAUCUAUUUGCCAUCUGGGGGGUUAAUUGCGACGGCGGGUGGUAAUAGUGUGAAAAUUUGGGAUGUUAUUGGUGGUGGGAGGUUGUUGCAUUCCAUGGAGAGUCAUAACAAGACUGUUACAUCGAUUUGUGUGGGGAAGAUUGGAAAAGAAAGUGGUGAGGAGGCUCAGCAGUAUAGAGUUUUGAGUGUAUCCCUAGAUGGGUAUAUGAAGGUUUUUGAUUAUGCAAAGUUUAAGAUUACUCAUUCGAUGAGGUUUCCGAACCCUCUUCUAUCAAUUGGGUUCUCACCAGAUUGUUCAACCAGGGUAAUUGGGACUUCAAAUGGGACUUUGUAUGUGGGGAAGAGGAAGGUGAAGGAAAACAUCGAGGGUGAGUUGGGGGAGUUUUCAGGUUUUGGGGCAGUGGAGGAGGCUCCGAAGAGGGCGUUGAGGCCUUCGUAUUUUAGGUAUUUUCAUCGAGGGCAGAAUGAGAAGCCUGUGGAAGGUGAUUAUUUGAUAAUGAGGCCGAAGAAGGUGAAGGUGGCGGAGCACGAUAAGUUGUUGAAGAAGUUCAGGCAUAAGGAAGCUUUGGUGUCUGCAUUGAAUGGAAAGAAUCCGGAGAAUAUAGUGGCAGUCAUGGAGGAAUUGGUGGCGAGGAAGAAGUUGUUGAAAUGUGUAUCGAAUUUGGAUACAGAAGAGAUUGGGUUGUUGCUGAGAUUUCUGCAGAGGUACUCGACAACGCCCAGGUAUGCAGGGUUGUUGAUGGGGUUGGCAAAGAAAGUUGUUGAAAUGCGAGCUGAAGAUGUUAGAGGUUCUGAGGAAUUGAGAGGCCAUAUUAGAAACCUCAAGCGAACCGUUGAGGAGGAAAUAAGAUUACAGCAGUCAUUGCAAGAGAUACAGGGUAUAAUUUCUCCUUUACUCAGGAUUGCUGCUAGGCGAUGA